CAAAGCACGUCUGUUUUCGUUUAUGGCCCUGCAAAGACACCGUACACUUUUUCGCAUAAGUUGUGUGCAUAUUGUUCGUGUUUUUUCAAGAAAAUAUCGCAAAGGAGGACGACAUUAUUACGCCGAUGGAAUUUAAAAGGUGACUUCUUGCUGGUUUUAGCACAUAACCUGCACCAUGGGGAAGAGAUACUACUGUGACUACUGUGACCGUUCCUUCCAGGACAACAUGCAUAACAGGAAAAAACAUCUGAACGGUGUUCAGCAUCACAGAGCUAAAAAGGCCUGGUAUGAUUAUUUUAGAGACUCUUCAGCCAUUCUGUAUGAUGAGCAAACAAAGAAACCUUGCAGGAAGUUUCUCCAAAAAGGAAUUUGUGAUUUUGGCCCUAAUUGCAGAUUUUCCCACAUGUCUGAAGAGGAUCUGUUUAACUUAAAAAGACAGGUGGAAGAUGAAAAACGGCAGAGAGAGGACUCUGCACACAAAAUGAUGCCUGGGCGAAGUGUAGAAGAAUGGCUCUCCAGAAGGCAAAAGAGGCAAACUGCCCUCGGUAUCAAAGGAGAUUUAAAAAAUAAGGACGACAGUGAAGAGGGACAGGAAGAAAGUGACAUACCUCAACAGCUCCUCUCGGUCAAUGACCUGCCGCCCUCUCUCAUGCCUCCUCCUCCAGGCGGAUGGAAAGUCAAACUGAACACAGACUGGGGCUGAAAGAUAUUCAUUCCAAGGUUCAAAUCAGUGAAGUGGAUAUGUGACAUUAAUAGAAAGAGAAACAAAAUACAUUUAUGUUCAUAUUUCAGGGGUUAACAGUUUGAAAUGAAGUUUACAGUUGAGUCUAAAAAUCAUUUUGUUCCGUUUUUAUAAUUUGAAAAAUGAGAAUAAAACAUUUUGUAUGCUGGACAGUAUAGGCAGUUUACUCUGAAAGAACUGUUCAUUUAUUACAUCUCACGUAAGAUGUCAAGUUUCUUGCAUCUAAAUAUGAAACAUUGCUGUUUAAUAUGAAAAAAAAGUUAGUAUGUACAGACACUUUAAAAACACAGUAAAGUCAAUCUGAGAUUAGUGAUUUCUGUGCAGACAGUUUGUAAUAAUCCUCAUAAUUGACAUUUUGGCAGUGUGUUGUUGAUUGCUCCACCAAUCUGGAGUGGAGUGCCUUUACCGUGAAACUCCUCUGAGGAGUUUCAUUUGAUGUCAUGUAGUCCCGAAAGGAACGGAGGAUUGCUGAGCAGAUGGAAAUAAUUUUUUGUUUAUUUUUAAUCCUCUGCUGCGUCACCGAGGGAAUCACUGAUCUGACUGAAUUUUAUUUCUAACCCAGCCAGCUGAAAACACCAUUUCACUAUAUAAAUAGUAAAGAUUGUGAACUAAUGGUCUGGAUUAAGUGUUAUAAUGAAAGUUUUUCAUAGAUAGAAAGUUAUCAUGUAAAUCCCUUGGAUUUUUUGACUAAUCUAUUUAUAAUUGUCAUUGGCCUUUUAAAGCCCUUAGUUAGGUUAUUCUGCAUAACUGGGGUUAUGCUGAGAUGUAUAAACUUGUACCUAAUGCAGUGAUUAUGGCAGAAUCCUCAUUAAAUUACUUAGAUUUUUUUUUCAGUUUUGUAUCGUUUUACUUACUUAUUCUGCUCUCACGGCGUGAAUAUAUCUCUGACUCUGACUCACUGCACCUGCCCUCAUAAAGUACAUACUGUUGUUGCACAGCAUAUUGGGACAUGCUUUUUCAUCAUUAAAUUGUGCUUUUAACUUUGA